CAGUCCCAGUCCACCAUGAUGACCACCCUGUGGCUGCUGCUCAGCUUUGCUGUCCCACUGCUGGGUUUCUAUGUUCCUAUCAGCUGUCCCCAUAGCAAGCGAUGCCAACGAGCCCUACUUUCCAACAAUGAUGUCUCUCUGUACUGCAACGCUUCUGAUGCACAGUGGUACUACUACUUCCUACAAGAUGGGACCAACUGGUCCAUCCACCCCCUCGGUGUUUCAAACAUAGAAGCAAUGUCUGAAGGCAGCAUUCUCAUUAGAAGUCCAUUGCCAUCCCAGACGGGUUUAUACAGCUGUCGGGACAAGAAAGACAUCCAAGUGGUGCAGUAUGAGAUUGACUUCCAGGACAUUAGCACCCUUCACAUUACACAUAGAGACCUGGGCCAGAAGCCUUUGCAGAAUGAGACCCUGAGUCUGGGCAGCAAGGAGAUCAUCUUCACCCACUGGGAGCCCUGGCAGGACUGUAACCGCUGUGGCGAGCCCGGUGAGCGCAAACGCCUGGGGUAUUGCUACAUCCAGGAGCCUCUGGGGAACUCCGUCCCCUGCUUGCUCUACCUGGGAAAUGCUAGGCUGUGGUCCAGCCGCAUGCGACCUGAGAUGCAGAUAGAAGCCUGCCAUGUCCAGUGUGAAACAUCAAAUACGAAGAACAUUGCUUUUGAAAUUGCUUUUGACAACUUCGAGCUCAGUGAGGAGUCAGGAUCUGCAUGGCUCACCUGCUUCUUAGGAUCCAUCUAUAGGCCCAUCAUCUGGGAAGCCGACAGCAAGUCCCUGACCUGGCAGGGCCAGCUCUCCGGCCAGGACCUGAGCACCAUCCUGGACCCCGCCACUGGGGGCAGGCGGCUGCAGGUCUUCCGGCCAGCCAUUUACAAGUGCUUCGUGCACCAGAAGCUCGUGGCUCGAUUCAACCCCAGGCCCCAUGUGGGUACGAUGGAGGUUCUGCAGAGAGAGAAAGCUAGACAACAGCGAGAGGCAGAAGAGGCCUGGAAGGGGAAGGCCAGCAAUUCCCGCCUCAAGGGCCUGAAGCUGCUGCUGGUGGGCACCAUGCUGAGCCUGCUCGGGAUGCUGCUCAAGCUCUUCUGCCCUUCACGGAGUAAAAGAAGAAAACAGGUGCUUCUGGUGAAAUAA